AUGUACUUCCACACUCCCAUCACACCUCACCUGGACCCACACUCCCAUCACACCUCACCUGGACCCACACUCCCAUCACACCUCACCUGGACCCACACUCCCAUCACACCUCACCUGGACCCACACUCCCAUCACACCUCACCUGGACCCACACUCCCAUCACACCUCACCUGGACCCACACUCCCAUCACACCUCACCUGGACCCACACUCCCAUCACACCUCACCUGGACCCACACUCCCAUCACACCUCACCUGGACCCACACUCCCAUCACACCUCACCUGGACCCACACUCCCAUCACACCUCACCUGGACCCACACUCCCAUCACACCUCACCUGGACCCACACUCCCAUCACACCUCACCUGGACCCACACUCCCAUCACACCUCACCUGGACCCACACUCCCAUCACACCUCACCUGGACCCACACUCCCAUCACACCUCACCUGGACCCACACUCCCAUCACACCUCACCUGGACCCACACUCCCAUCACACCUCACCUGGACCCACACUCCCAUCACACCUCACCUGGACCCACACUCCCAUCACACCUCACCUGGACCCACACUCCCAUCACACCUCAACCGAGACCCACACUCCCAUCACACCACACCUGGACCCACACUCCCAUCACACCUCAACCGAGACCCACACUCCCAUCACACCUCAACCGAGACCCACACUCCCAUCACACCUCAACCGAGACCCACACACCUCGCCUGGGUACAUUGGUGA